AUGACACCGGAGGUCCUCCGUCUGUCUCUCGAAAACGUCGAUUUCCGUCUCCCAACGCAAGUCACCGACGACAACAGCGUAACAGCUCUCAAGAGUCUUGUCUUCGAGCCUCUCCUGCGCUGGAAACCCCAUGGUAAAGUCGAGGCUGGGCUGUUCGAUAGGUGGGAGCACUCUGACGACGGCCGGACGUGGUACUUUCACAUUCGCGACGAAGCCAUCUUUCACGAUGGUAAAACCUGCACUGCUGAAGAUGUAGUCAGCUACAUUCUGGGACUCUUGGAUUCACGCGACUACUUUGGUAUGCGAUGGAGUUACAGCCGCUAUUUUGCCAAUGCCACGGUAUCAGCACACAAUGACCGGACAGUGCAAGUGGAAUCGCCGGAGCCAUUCGCGCACAUCUUGGACAUAUUUUGCGAGUUCUGGCCCGUCCGUCUGAGCUCGGAUGACAAACCGGUGCUCGGUACAGGGCCCUACCAGGUGGUGGAGUUUGAGAGGGAAAACGGCGUCGGUAGAGCAAAGUUGCAGCGUGUGAAGCCAUCGCGUCAUAGGACGCCUCACAUCGUCCUGGCGACACAAGAGUCUGAUGCGGCAAAGAGGCUGAAGCAGCUUCGAAACGGCGAGGUGGACGCGGCCUUGAACUUGGAACGGGUGGAAGACCUCGACCUCCUCGACUUUGACGCUUCGCUUCGAUGGGGAAAGACCACAAGCACCUUGUCGGCUAUCUACUAUCUUAACUGCACCGAGGGGAUUUUCCGUUCCCCGGAGGCUCGUCUGGCGGCUAACCUUGCCAUCGACAACGACGCUCUCGUAAAGGAGGUAUACCACGGCUUCGCAUUGCCUUCGGCCACUAUAGUCAGCACCUUCCAUCUCGGCUUUCCGGAAGCACGUCUCCAAUCGAUACCAUACGACCCAGCACGAGCCAAGGAAAUUCUUCAAACUCUGGAUACAAAAACGCCUCUUGUACUUCGGACACCGACUUAUAUGCCAGAGCACGCACAGAAAAUAUCCGCUUUCGUUGCCAAGUCUUUAAGGGCGGUAGGAUUCGAAGUCGAAGUCAGGGUAGAGACGAACCGUCCAGAGUACGCCCGUCAGAUCGGCCUGCACAAGCAGAUUGGCAGCUUGGCCCUCUUUGAUUCUACGCCUAACAGCACCUUCCGAGUCCUGGAUGACAAGAUUUCGAGCUCCUCUCACGCUACAUGGUGGCUGGGAUAUCACGAUGACGAUGUUCAGCGGCUGUUUCUGGAUGCGAGAAGCAAGAUUACGAGAGAGGAGCGGGCGGAAGCGUACGCGGCUUGUCUGAAAAGGUUACACGAGAAUCCGCCAUGGCUGUACAUUGCACAUCCUGAGGUUGUUUGGGCAACAAAUCACACUACAUCUCUCAGUAUUGGGCCUUCUGGUAUGCUUUCGCUUGAAAAUUAA